AUGAACCAUCAAAGUAUCCACAUUAGGAAACUGCGAGCCGAUAAAAUUGCCAAAAAUGAUACAGUGGCAUCUUUUGCUGGCUUGUGGUUACCAACCAAUCUGGCCACAUCAGCCGAAUCUCCCAAAGACUUACAACUCAAACAUGAGAAAUUUACGGCAUUGCUAGUGACAGCGGGUGUUGGAGAGGAUGAUGAAGCUGCACGACUUGAAGAUGAAGAGGUUUUAGAUGCAGAUCCAGUAGUUCCUGUUGCGGAUGAGCUUGUUCCCGAUGCAUACGAAGAUAGUCCUGUUACCGAUGCAGAUGAUCCUGUCACCGAUGCAGAUGCAGAUGAUCCUGUCACCGACGGUGCUGUUCCCGAUGCAGAUGCAGAUGGAGAUGCAGAUGAAUCUGUUACCAACGGUGCUGUUCCCGAUGCAGAUGGAAUUGGUGCUGUUCCCGAUGCAGAUGGAAUUGGUGCUGUUCCCGAUGCAGAUGGGAUUGGUGCUGUUCCCGAAGGUGCAGAUGCUACAGGUAAAGAAGCUACAGGUGGAGAAGCUACAGGUGAAGAUGCUAUUGGCGAAGCUGGAGAUGCUGCUGGAGAUGCUACUGGAGACGCUGCUGGCGAUGCGGCUGGAGAUGCGGCUGGAGACGCUGCUGGAGAUGCGGCUGGAGAUGCGGCUGGAGAUGCGGCUGGAGAUGCGGCUGGAGAUGCGGCUGGAGAUGCGGCUGGAGAUGCUGCUGGAGAUGCUACUGGAGAUGCGGCUGGAGACGCUGCUGGAGAUGCUGCUGGAGAAGCUGCUGGAGAUGCUACUGGAGAUGCUACUGGAGAUGCUGCUGGAGAUGCGGCUGGAGAUGCUGCUGGCGAUGCGGCUGGCGAUGCGGCUGGAGAUGCUGCUGGAGAUGCGGCUGGAGACGCUGCUGGAGAUGCGGCUGGAGAUGCGGCUGGAGAUGCUGCUGGAGAUGCUGCUGGAGAUGCGGCUGGAGAUGCUGCUGGAGAUGCUACUGGAGAUGCUGCUGGAGAUGCUACUGGAGAUGCUGCUGGAGAUGCUGCUGGAGAUGCUACUGGAGAUGCUGCUGGAGAUGCUGCUGGAGACGCCGCUGGAGAUGCUGCUGGAGACGCUGCUGGAGAUGCUACUGGAGACGCUACUGGAGAUGCUACUGGAGACGCUGCUGGCGAUGCGGCUGGAGAUGCGGCUGGAGACGCUGCUGGAGAUGCUGCUGGAGAUGCGGCUGGAGACGCUGCUGGAGAUGCUGCUGGAGAUGCUACUGGAGAUGCGGCUGGAGACGCUGCUGGAGAUGCUGCUGGAGAUGCUGCUGGAGAUGCUACUGGAGAUGCUGCUGGAGAUGCGGCUGGAGAUGCGGCUGGAGAUGCGGCUGGAGAUGCUACUGGAGACGCUACUGGAGAUGCUACUGGAGAUUCUGCUGGAGAUGCUACUGGAGAUUCUGCUGGAGAUGCUACUGGCGCUGGAGAUGCUACUGGUGCUGUUCCCGCAGGUGAAGGUAUUACUGAACGUGUUAAAUACAAACCUUUGAGAUUUGACGCAUAUGAAGUUGAAAUUCUCGUUAAACAAGAAAGAAUUGUAAAUAAGGAAAUGCAACCUUAUAAAGCAAAUUCAAAUUCGUUGUUUUUCCUCCAGAAAAACACGUCCGUUUAUAUAGCUAGCGAUUAUCCAACAAAUUUUCCAAACAAAAUAAAGCACCUCGGCGCGAUUCAUGUUGCAAACUUGAGCACGAAUACUGCAUGA